GGGCGCGGAGGCGGCGGCGCGGCCGGAGAUGCGCCCCGAGGAGGGCGGCGCGGCCGGGCUGGGCGAGCUGCGCUCGUGGUGGGAAGUGCCGGCCAUCGCGCACUUCUGCUCGCUCUUCCGCACGGCGUUCCGCCUGCCGGACUUCGAGAUUGAGGAGUUAGAAGCAGCUCUACACAGAGAUGACGUGGAGUUUAUCAGCGACCUGAUCGCCUGCCUACUUCAGGGCUGCUAUCAGCGAAGGGAUAUCACGCCUCAGACCUUCCACAGCUACCUGGAGGACAUCAUCAGCUACCGCUGGGAGCUGGAAGAAGGGAAGCCUAACCCCCUGAGGGAAGCUAGCUUCCAGGACCUGCCCCUUCGCACCCGUGUGGAAAUCCUCCACCGCCUCUGUGACUACCGGCUGGACGCAGACGAUGUCUUUGAUCUCCUCAAGGGCCUGGAUGCAGACAGUCUCCGUGUGGAACCGCUGGGUGAGGACAACGCCGGGGCCCUCUACUGGUAUUUCUAUGGGACGCGAAUGUACAAGGAGGACCCGGUACAAGGAAAAUCCAAUGGAGAGCUCUCUCUGAGCAGGGAAAGUGAAGGACAAAAAAAUGUCUCAAGUGUUCCUGGGAAAACAGGAAAAAGAAGAGGAAGACCCCCAAAACGGAAAAAACUGCAGGAGGAAACUCUAGUGAGUGAAAAGCAGGAAGAAAACUCCUUAGCAUCUGAGCCGCAGACAAGAAAUGGGUCCCAGGGGCCAGGCCAAGGCUCCUGGUGGCUCCUGUGCCAGACAGAAGAGGAGUGGAGACAGGUCACCGAGAGUUUCCGGGAGAGGACCUCCCUGCGAGAGCGGCAGCUCUACAAGCUCCUCAGCGAGGACUUCCUGCCCGAGAUCUGCAGCAUGAUUGCCCAGAAGGAGACCCCUGUGCUCAGCAGGAUAGAAAAACAGAAACGCAGGGAGGAGGAGGAGGAGCGCCAGAUCCUCCUGGCGGUGCAGAAGAAGGAGCAGGAGCAGCUGCUGAAGGAGGAGAGGAAACGGGAGCUGGAGGAAAGGGUCAAGGCCGUGGAAGAUCGCGCCAAGAGGAGGAAGCUCAGGGAAGAGAGGGCCUGGCUGCUGGCUCAGGGGAAGGCGCUCCCGCCCGAGCUGUCCCACUUGGACCCUCACUCCCCGCCGCGGGAAGAGAAGAGGACGAGAGACCCCUUUGAGCUGGAUGAUGAUUUCACUGCCAUGUACAAAGUUCUGGACGUGGUGAAGGCUCACAAGGAUUCCUGGCCCUUUUUGGAACCAGUGGAUGAAUCGUAUGCCCCUAACUAUUACCAGAUUAUUAAGGUCCCCAUGGAUAUUUCAAGCAUGGAGAAGAAACUGAAUGGAGGUUUAUACUGUACCAAGGAGGAGUUUGUGAAUGACAUGAAGACUAUGUUCAGGAAUUGUCGAAAAUAUAAUGGGGAAAGUAGUGAGUACACCAAGAUGUCGGACAACCUGGAGAGGUGCUUCCACCGCGCGAUGCUGAAGCAUUUUCCUGGUGAGGAUGGGGACACGGACGAAGAAUUCUGGGUCAGAGAGGAGGAGAAGCGGGAGAAGAGGCGUGGUCGGGCUGCACGCAGCCACGUGUGCACCCGCUCCCGGGACUCGGAGGCGCCCGGCCGGAAGCAGCAGCCCGCGGAGAACGGAGGGAAGUCGCUGCCCCCUGGGCGCCGCGCUGCAUCCUCUGGGGCCGGUGAGAGCAGCGGCUCCGUGCAGCCCCCUGGCGAGGUGGGCACCCCGAACAGCCGCAGCCUCCCUGGACCCCUGCAUUACGGUGGACCCGGCCAGGCACCCCUCUCAAGCCAGCUGAGGCCGGCAGGACAGGGAACGCUUUGUCCUCUCCGAGGGUCGGAUCCUGCCACCAGCCGUGUCUCCUCUGGAGCCCCAGAGCCGCACCCUGGCGGGCCUGGACAGCAGCCCCAGCCUUUAGCGGUGCAGCCUCCAGCCGGAAUUCACCACCACCGAGGCCCCCCCGACGAGAAGCCGGUGUGCGGGGGGCUAGUGCCCCUUGCUGACAUGGGAUCGCGCCCUGGACCCUCGCUGCUCGGGCAGAUGAGCGGCCCCAGCCAGGAGGGGACUAUGUAUCCCCCAGCUCAUUUCCAGCCAGGCUUUAUCCCUCCCAGGCACGGUGGGGCUCCGGCCCGACCCCCAGCCUUUCCCGAGAGUUCAGAAAUCCCUCCCAGCCACAUGUACCGAUCCUACAAGUACCUGAGUCGAGUACACUCCGCAGUCUGGAAUGGGAAUCACGGUGCUACAAAUCCAGGACCCUUGGGGCCAGAUGAGAAGCCCCCCAUGGGGCCAGGACCCUCUCACCAGCCUCGCACUCUGGGUCACAUGAUAGAUUCCCGAGUGAUGAGAGCACCCCUCCCCCCAAACCAGUGGCCAGAACAAUCAGGCUUCCUACCUCACGGAGUUCCUUCUUCGGGGUACAUGCGACCACCCUGUAAACCUGGCGGACAUCGGUUCCAGCCCCCUCCAGCACCAACGCAAGGUUCUCUCUUUGGAGCACCGACCCAGGCCCUGCGGGGAAUGCAGGGCGGGGACUCCAUGCUGGACAGCCCAGAGAUGCUCGCCAUGCAGCAGCUCUCCUCGCGGGGGUGCCCGCCAGGCGUGCCUUACCGCCCCCGCCAGCCUGUGCCGCCCCCCGUGACUGGCCCUUUCCCCCCAGUGGGCGUGGCGGCCCCCAAGCCUGCCUCGGGGGACCCUGGGCGGACACAGGACAGCAGGGAAACACUGGAGCCUGAGAACGGACGAGCAGAUCCCUUGCCUGGGCUCGAGGAGAAACCAGCCAGUGUUGGUGCUUUGGAGGGGGCGUUCCUCAAGCAGCUACCUCACCCAGCGCCCCUGCUGCAGGCCGACUGUGCCAGGCGGAGCUCGCCCCAGGGAAGGGAUGCCGAUGGCCCAGAGCUCAGGCACGAGUCCUCGGAGACAGGAGACAGCUGCCCAGUGAACGCGGGCAGGGGCGCCUGGCUCUCGGGGAGCGGCUUCGCAGGCCCAGCCGCCCAGGGGUGUGCCCUAGCAGACCCGGGGGCACUGCCUGAAAACGGACUGAGGGUGGAAGCCUCCCCGUGUGGGUCUGAGGGCAAGGGCAGAGCGCCACCGGAGGCCGUGCCGCCCGCCGAGCCCGCGUGCUCACCGCUGUACGCGCCUGGCCUGGAGUACCCCAGCUCCACCGCACGGUACCACGUCGGCCCAGGCCUGCAGGCUGUGGGCCCCGUGAUGGGGGGCAAGCCCUCAGCCCCGCACCCUCAGCCUUUUCCCCCUCGGGCGUUUCCGUCCCACGACCCUCAUUCUGGAGUCUUCCCCCGGUACCGCCCUCACCAGGGAAUGAGGUACCCCUACCAGCCGCCACCUCAGCCUUCCUACCAUCACUACCCGAGGACUCCUUAUUACUCGUGUCCACAGGGCUUUUCAGACUGGCCGAGACACCUCCCUGCCCCGGGAAGCCCGAGCGGGCCCCCGCCGGCUCAGCCUGCCCCUGCCAGGCCCCUCUUCCUCGAUAAGAGCGCUGGGGCCGGGCUGCAGGGCUGCGAGGCGCUGAGCGCUGCCUUAACUUCCCCCGCGCGGGUGGACGCCGUGGUCGCCAAGACAGCUGAUGGGCAGAAUCCUGGCCCAGAGGAGAAGCAGGAUGAGUCUAUGGAGAGGCCAGAAAGUCCCAAAGAAUUUUUAGAUCUGGACAACCACAAUGCAGCUACCAAGCGGCAGAGUUCACUGUCAGCCAGCGAGUAUCUCUACGGAACACCCCCUGCACCGCUGAGCUCGGGGGUGGGCUUCGGUUCUUCUGUUUUCCCCCCGCAUGGAGUGAUGCUGCACGCGGGGCCUCCUUACCAGCCGCAGCGGCCGGCCGGGCAUUUCCAGCCCAGGGCUUACUCCUCCCCCACGGCUGCUCACCCGCCUCACCGCCCAGUGGUGGCCCAGCCCAAUGGCCUGUCCCCCGAGUGCCCCCUCUACCGCUACCCAGAAGAGGGCCUGGGCCACUUCCAGGCUGUGAUGAUGGAGCAGAUGGGCCCUGGAAGUGGGGUGAGGGUGCCUUUCCAGGAGAUGCACAGACCAUCCGGACUGCAGAUGCACCCGGCCCAGUCCCGGUCCUCGUUCCCAAAGACACCGGCACCAGCAGCUCCGCAGGAGGGGCUGCCACCACAUAAGCCCCCAACACUUCCUCUCGAUCAGAGCUAGUCCAAGGAGGAAACAAGCCCCAGGGAAACAGAAAGCUGCAUAUGACAAGGGUGGAGAACGGGGAGGAGGGGGGGCGUGGCCCCGCCCACCUCUCCCAUCAUUGGCAUCACUUCGUGUGUCCCAGAGCCUGGACGCCCCUCCUCACCGACGCACCUGCUCGCGAGGUCGUGGGCGAGAGUGGAGACCAGAUGGGCUGGACUCUGGUGGCUUUUCCAGACCCUGAGACUCUUGUUCAGGGAAGAUCAUCCUGACCUGGGGGGGGGCGCGGUGCUGGUGGGCUGUCAUGGCAGCUGCACUCAGGUAUACGUUUGGGGAAGGGACUACUCGUGUUGGAUGUGUUUGGAGCUGGGUCCAGUUUACAGAGUUUUCAUGUUGCCUUUAAGAUGAUUUCUGUCGUUGGUGGUGAAUGUAUUGUACAUAAAGCCUGCAGGGCGGGUGGUGGGGAUGGAGUCUGGCCGGUGGGCCCGCAGCCCUGCUGACCCUCCUCUGUUUACAGCCCUGACCCACUCACAUUUGGGAGCUGGGGGAGAGGGCAGGCAAGGCCGCCGUGUUUCCGCUAACGGGCUCUUCCCUGUCAGCCUGAGGGGCAGCCCCCUCGCCUGGUGCCCAGGUCCUGGUCCAAGACAGCAGUGCCCCUCCUGGUUGGCUAGCUGCCCCGCCAGAUAGUUGUAAACCAAUAUCAGGAGCAUUUGCUCGUUAGAAGGUGAGGUGACACGUCCCCAUCACAGACCUGCCGGGACUGUGGUCUAGAAGACGUCACAAGCUUCCUGGCACGAAUCACAGUUUGUGGCAGUGACUACUCAGGUUUGUAUAUGUUUAGUAUCAAUAAAGAAGCUGCACAGUUUUUAAUAG